AUGCGACCUACGCGACUUGAUAAAACAUAUAAGACACCACCAGCUUUCAAAUUAAGCACAGCUGAAAUAAAAAAGUUAAAAAUAUGGGCGGAGGCUAAAGUGCCGUACUUCAUCGACGAGUUUUCUUAUGACAAAGUUCUUCGAGACAAAAUCCGCGCCCACCUGGACUAUGCCAAACGUCGUACAAAUAUAGAUUUCCACGAGCUCACUGAGCCGCCGAAGGACGAAAAUGAAAGAUGGGUAUUUUUCGUCAAUCGAAGGGGACAAUUAGACUGCAAGGACUAUUCCACUAAAUCCUUCACAAAUAGUGGCGUCCAGAAAGUGACAGUUGGCUACGAUUGCCUCAGACUCAGACACGGCGGACCGAUGGCGGCAAUAGUUUUGGCGUUGUUGGGCGUGCCACCUCAACACAACUCGCCGGAUUGUCGUGAAUUCAUUACCAUUUACGGGAGCAAUAUUCUGCCAGAAAAGUCGAGUUUAUUCAAGUUGUUAGAAAAUGACGAGUGGCUGUUCCAUGAUUUUCAUUAUGACUAUAAUAGUGCAGGCCACUAUCCAGCACAUAAAUACACUGCAAAUGGCGAAAGAACUAUAGAUGUUAGGAGUGAUAAAUACAAGACAGUGAGUAUAUUAAACUAA